AUGGCCACAGCUACUAAUACAAUGCCGACGACGGCAUUCGAGCUCCCCAACCUGGGACAAAAUACCGGAGAACGACAACGAAAUCUGAAUUCCUCCAAUGCCCAUGAAAUCGACGAGGUCAUGCAGCAGUCCCUCAUUGCAGACUCGCAAGUCCCCGACGGAGGCUAUGGCUGGAUUCUCAUCGGUGCAUGUGCCGUCGUGACCUGGUGGUUCGUCGGUGCCUCAUACACAUGGGGUGUGAUGCAAGCAGAGCUUGUGGAUAAGGAGGGAUAUUCGUCUUCGACGUUGGCAUUCGUUGGAUCGCUGUGCCCCGCUUGUAUUUCUCUUCUGGCUGUUCCCAAUGCCAGGCUGAUUGGAUUGAUUGGUGCUCGGACGACUGCUAUGACGGGUAUCUUUUUGCUCGGACUUGGGAGCAUUCUGAGCGGCUUUGCGACUCAUAGUGUCCCGGGUCUUUUCAUGACUUGGGGAUUUAUUGGUGGUCUUGGAACUAGUCUGUGCUUCAUGGUCGUCUCUGUCACACCGGCGCAAUACUUUAAAGCCAAGCGUGGUAUCGCCAAUGGAAUUGUCUACGCGGGUGGUGGUCUAGGUGGUACUGUCAUCAGUUUCAUCCUUGAUGCCCUCCUCCAAAGCGUCGGCAUUGCCUGGACAUUCCGAGUCCUCGGAUUCCUGAUCAUGGUGACGGGGCUGCCGGCCGCGUGGUUUAUCAAAGAACGCGCGCCCAUCAAGCCUGCGAAGAUGGUCGAGUGGAGUCUGUUCCAGGAUGUGCGCUUUGCAGUUCUUUUUGCCACUGGUGUCAUCGGCACAUUCCCACUCUUCGUACCGGCUUUCUUUUUGCCAUUGUACGCCAACUCUCUUGGCUUGCCAUCUAGUGCUGGUGCCGGUCUCGUGGCCGCGUUCAACUUUUCGUCUGCAAUCGGACGACUUUCGUGUGGAUUUGCGUGUGAUCGAUUGGGAUCGCUGAACACGCUUUUCCUGUCGUUGUUGCUGAGCGCUCUGAGUAUCUUCGUUUUGUGGCCUGUUUCUACUUCCAUUGGGCCUUUGAUUGCCUUCACUAUCAUCAAUGGUUCUGCGAAUGGUGGCUUCUUCUCGACUAUGCCAACUGUCGUCGGCAACGUGUUUGGCUCGGCGAGGAUGUCUGUUGCGGUGGGUAUGAUUGUGAGUGGGUGGCUUGGUGGCUAUCUUCUUGGUGCUCCUAUCGCUGGUUAUAUUUUGAAUGCUUCUGGUGGUCAGGCUGGCGGUGUUGGUGCUUAUCGACCGGCCAUCUUUUACGCUGGCUCUAUGGCCACGGUUGCGACUGUUUUGGCAGCAUUCGUGCGGAUCAAGGUUGAUCGGAGGAUCAAAAAGACUGUUUGA